GCCUCAUCUUACUCAAUCUCCAGGUGGAAACCCCUGCGGCUGCGCAGAAGCUGCUGGAGAUGUGCCGCGACGGAAGUUACCAGCGGAUCCUGAUGGAGACAUUCCUGCCUGAGUACGUCACUUCCGGGAAACCCAUGGAGAUGAGUCUGGCCGUGUCGGUGAAGACCCCGGAUGUCCCACCAGUUCGGGUGACCAUAGUGGAGGAAAGUGAGACCGACCCACAGGACAAAGUUACGGUCAAGACUGACCAGCUACAAGCGGUGAAGACAUUAUCUGACAGCCGGAACUCAGACGGAAUCUCCUCAGUGGAUGUCCCCGUCCCUGGUACAUCAACCACCCGAGCCAAGUCACCUCAGCUGCAGCGGCUUGUAGCUACUGAGGGCCGGCCGAGACAGACGAGCUCUGACUCUGGUCUGGGCUCUGCUGACUGGGACACUGACGAAGAGAUUUCCCGAUUCAAGUUCCCUGUCAAGCCGAACACUUCCAGACAAGCACAGAAGAAGCCGCCAUUGUAGAAGCACCAAAUGAUCUC